GUUGCGCCCAUGGGCCGGCCCGCCUCUGACCCGCCCUAAUCUUCUCCUCAUCCCCUCCAGCUCCCAUCCCACUUUUCCUCUCGCAGGCUCUGCUCUGCAUCUUCUCCCCCACACUCCAAUCGAUUCUUUGCAAAGCAAAAUUCCAGUUUUUAAUUAGAUUUAUGGCUCUAUUCUUCUCUCCUUUCCCUUACCUUCUCGCCUCACCACAAGAGCCCAGCAGUGCCAUCAUCACCGUUCCUCAUUCUUACAGCUCUUGUUCCUCUCUCCUACCCCGAUGUUCAACAACACAAACCUCCUUUUAUCUUGCUCCGACGAUCCUGUUUCGUCCCCCGCGAAAUCGCCUCAAUAAGACACUAACGCUGAGCAUUUCAGUAGCUUCUACGUCCUCUUCUUCCACUGAGACUAAGAUCACUGAUUUCGACGCCGUGGUCGACGAGCUGGAACCGGAAGAGGAGGACCUAACGGCGUCGCCGUGGGAAGGCGCUGUGGUGUACCGGCGAGACGCUUCGGUAGCCCACGUCGAGUACGCGACCACGCUCGAGCGGCUGGGCCUCGCCAAGCUUGCCUCUGGGUUCUCUAGGUCUAGGGCUUCGGCCAUGGGGAUCCGUUUACCGGCCAGGAUGGCAAAGGACUCGGCUUUGGCCAAUGAGACGCCUGUGCUGAUCUCCAUCGAUGUUACGAGGAGGAAGCGCAAGUUGAAACUCGAUGGAAUAUUGCGUACAGUCAUUACCCUCCGUUGCAACAGGUGUACCGAACCAGCCGCUGAAAGUAUCUUCUCCAACUUCACUCUCUUGCUGACAGAGGAUCCUGUUGAAGAAGAACAGGACGAAAUCAACAUGGGAGUGCUCUACGGCCAGGAAAAUAUCAAAUCCCCCACUGGAAUUUGCAAUGAUGAAAUGGAAGUUGAUGAGAAACUUAUAGAUCAGGAUGAUAAGCUCUACUUUCCUGCUGAAGAAAAAGAAAUAGAUAUCUCCAAACACAUCCGAGAUCUAGUGCAUGUAGAGAUUACUGUAAGUGCAGUUUGCAAUGCCGGAUGCAAAGGUUUGUGCCUCCAAUGCGGCACAAACCUGAACAAGAAGAGCUGUAAUUGCAGCCAAAAGGCUGAACAAGCCACAGAAUAUGGACCUCUUAGAGAUCUCCGGAAGCAAAUGCAGCAAAGGUGAUGGCUAUGUUUUCUUCCAUGCAUCUGCACUUGCGAUGAUGUUAAUGCAUGCUCUUGUGUGAAAUUUCUGCAUUUACUUUUCUUGAUUUUAAAGGAUUAACUGUUUAUCCCUUCCACUGAAAUGAUUAUUUUGGAUGUGUGAAAUUUCCUGUUUCUUCGUAAACAGUCUUCUUAUUUACGGUCAUUAUCUUCUGGACUCUUUCUUGAGCGAACACAUUUCUACGAAAAAAUAGAAUAUCUUAUAGUCA